ACAUAUUAUUUGUUUUCUUAUUUUUUCAGAAAGUACUAAAGUGAAGAAGAAGAUGCACAAAAUUUGUGCAUUCUUCAAAAAGCUUUUUGGAAAAGAUCCGACUGUUCCAGAGCCGUUGUGCGUUCCAGAUGCGAGCACUCCUGAGCCGGAACCUGAACUGGAUCUGUUUGAUUCAGAUGAAUCAUGUGACCUGGUUCCAAGCAUUCCUGAGCUGGAACCUGAUCUGGAUCUGUUUGAUUCAGAUGAAUCAUGUGACCUGGUUCCAAGCAUUCCUGAGCUGGAACCUGAUCUGGAUCUGUUUGAUUCAGAUGAAUCAUGUGACCUGGUUCCAAUUGUUCCUGAGCUGGAACCUGAUCUGGAUCUAGUUGAUUCAGAUGAAUCGUGUGUCCCAGGUCCAAGCAGUGCUGUGCCAAGACCUAAUGCAAGCACUUCCAAGCAGGAUCCAUGUUUCCAAUUGGAAAAGCGUGUGAAGGCCUGUACACUGCAUUACAAACCUGUCACUCAGGUCUGGAACAACAUCUUCAUUGGAAAUGAAGAGACAGCAAGGGACCGAAUGACACUGAAAGAGCUGGGCAUUACUCACAUCCUGAAUGCUGCGGCUAUGAAAAAGAAACUGAGGAUCUUGUUGGGAAUGCCAUGGGAGAAAGACGUGAAAGACACAGUUGACACCGGGGGCAGUUAUUACAGAGGCAUGAAGAUCCGUUAUUGUGGCUUUCCUACAACAAAGGCUUCCAACAUCAGCAAAUACUUCUUGCCAGCUGCCAAAUUUAUCCACAAGGCCAAGAAAAACUCAGAAAAUAAGGUGUUCAUUCACUGCACAGAUGGUGUCAACUACGCUCCUACACUUUUUCUGGCAUACCUCAUGAUCCACCAAAACAUGACUGUGGAGGACGCCAUUGAUUAUCUGGUAAAGGUGAAAUACAUCGAGCCUGACAUUGACUUACUGAGGCAGCUGGCAAUCCUCAAUUUGAAACUUGUGCACAAGUAACAACAAAUGCACAGCACCGAUUAAAAAAAAUGCACAGAUCGUUUUUUUUAUCUGUGCACUUUUUAAAUAUGCUCAUAUUAAGAAGUGCACAGAUAAAAACAACAGAUCAGAUUUUUUAAAAGUGGUAAGGUUGGUAAGAUCAGGGAAGAAGGAGGCGGGAACUGGAUCCCAAAACGCACUGUCAUCCAGUCCUGCACCUGCUGGGUGAACUCCUCCGCGAUGCCUGGCGGCGGCGCUGGAGAGCCCUCAGUGGACGGCUCGAUACUCGAUACUCCGCCGCCUGUUCGGGCAGCUGGCAGGAGUUCCCUGGGACAGGCUCCGGCCUCAGAGAACGGCAGCGACUCCUCCGCUCCCUCACGGACUGCAGGCAGCCGCCCCUCCAUUCCCCAGGCGGUUGGCAGCGAAUUCGUCCGUCCCCCCGGCGAAUCACUCCAGCCCGCCGCCUCGAGCAUCCAUGGAGGCAGACUCUGUUCAGACUCUGUUCCCACAGCAGCGAGGACUUUAUGACAGUGCGUUCCUCCUUCCUCCCGGCCUCGCCCUUAAAUUUUAAUAAAAUAUUACAAUUGGUUUA